AGAAUAAACAUUUAAUAGAGACGCCACAUAAAGUAGAUGUGGUGUUAGUCAAUGAAUAGGAAAGAAGAUAGAAGUGGUAGACUGCAAACAGUCUUCUUAUCUUUUUUCAAUAUACAAACAAUGAACGUUGAAGUUGAUAAACUAAAAUCUAAGGUAUUCUGGCAAUCUGUUGGUGCCGAAGCCGUCGGAACUUUUAUUUUGGUAUUUGUUGGCUGCGGGAGUUGUUUAACAAAUGAAGGAAGUCCGAUAUUAAGGAUUUCCUUAACUUUUGGAUUAGUUCUGGCGGCAAUUAUCUACGCAAUUGGGCCAGUUAGUGGUGCUCACGUAAAUCCCACAGUGACUAUUGGAAUGGCAGUUUGUAGGAGAAUAAGUAUAAUUAAAGCUGUUUUUUAUAUAGUGGCUCAGUGCCUUGGAGGGAUAGUGGGUGCGGCUAUACUUUAUGGCCUGACACCCUCUAAUUUGAAACCAACGCUUUUGGGUACGACUUCUCCAGCUCCAAAUGUCACAGAUGGACAAGCCUUCGGAAUAGAAUUAUUUAUUAGUAGUAUUUUUUCUUUUUCCGUAUUUUCAACAACAGAUCCUAUACAUAACGAUGGUUCUAGUCCCUUCGUAGUCGGUAUUGUAGUCGCUGCUAUACAUAUGUACGCUGUUCCAUUAACUGGUUCUAGUCUGAAUGCAGCUAGAUCUUUUGGUCCAGCUUUAAUCUCAGGAAUUUGGAAGAGUCAUUGGAUAUAUUGGUUUUCGACAAUUUUAGGAGGUGUAGUCGGCGGUGUACUUUACGAUCAAGCUUUCUCAUCUAGAUCAUCGUUAAGAAGAGUAAGAAAAACAUUUAUGGGUACAAAGACGCGUCGCGAACCCAAUCUAGAUGAUUCAAUAGAUGAUAGAGAUAUAGAUUCCUAUGAUGAAAAAUCAUUUUUAAAGGAGAAAACUAAAACUGAAAGAAAUUUACCAACAGUUGCUGAAGUUGACGAAGUUGAUGAGGCAAUUGAAGAAGAGCAGCUACAACCAUAG